AUGCAGGUGGUUCCUAUUGGUGAUGGAGUUGCCAAGUCUGGGCUAUUGCCAACGGGCCCCAGCCUCAGUUCCCUAUCCGAAAAGUUAAAAAAGCGCAGGUCGCAUUGCCGCACCGUUCCUCUCCGCGGCUCCACCAUGGCAACCGCGAAGCCGGUGGCGCCGGUGCCGCUCACCCGAAUUCUUCCCCUGCGCCCGCCACGCCGCUGGAGGGCCGAGUCCGCCAGGGCCGUACCUCCUUCCAUCGCCUGCAGCGCCGACGCUGGUGGCGAGCUUCCUGCCCGGCUCCGGCCGAACGCGCGGCGGCCGCUCUGGCACGGCGGCGGGUUCAGCCUCGGCGUUGACCUGGGCGCCGCCCGCACGGGGCUCGCCGUAGGCCGGGGCAUCACCCAACCCCGCCCCCUCACUGUUCUGAAGCUGCGGGGGGAGAAGCUGGUGCUGAUGCUGCUCGAUGUGGCUCUGCAGCAGGAGGCGGACGAGCUGAUCAUCGGUCUGCCGGUCUCGGCGGAUGGGAGCGAGACGCCACAGUCCAACAAGGUGCGGAGCGUCGUCGGAAGGCUCGCCGUGCAAGCGGCCGACAGGGGCUUGAGGGUUUAUCUGCAGGACGAGCAUGGAACGUCAAUUGAUGCCCUUGGCUACAUGAUCUCAACGGGUGUUAAAAGGUCCGCCCGCGACGUCAAAUCUGACGCUUAUGCUGCUGUGAUGAUUUUGGAGAGAUAUUUUUCUUCAUCGGGUCAAGGUGCUCAGAUUGUUCUUCCUAGGCAGCAAGAGCUACAGGAUAAGUUAAUACUAAAAUUGAGCAAAUAUGCUGAAUUUUAGGAUAGCAUGUCUAAUUUUUCCAACUUACAACACAUUACCUUGUACUAGUGGCGUUAAAUCCUGAAUAUAUAGUGCGAUCAGCUAACUUCCAUUGUUUGUACGGUUGUACCAUCUCAUCGUCAGGUCUUAUAUGUAUCGUUGGUACAUAUCAUCUUCCACUUCCAGAUAUCUGUGUAUCUGAUUCAUAGCUCUGUAAUGUAUGUUGUUGCUGUACUGUUAUCCACUUGAAAUUGGAUAUUCUGAGUAAUCAAA